AUGAAGGCAACUGUGGUGGAUGAAAGCAGCACCAGCUCCUCAACGAUCUCAAACGAUGGUCCACUUCACGAGCAGACAAACGACGAAUUCCUAGAAUUCGAACCAGAAUUAUUUGAAGGACUCACAAGCCGCCCUAAACCAGGAGGUAAUUGGAAUCCUCGUGAUCCUGUGGCAUGGUCCAAGAAUUUUGGUAGACGAUCUCCAGAAUACGAAGAGCGCCUAAAGUCGAUAAUACAACUGAAGGAAGGAGACGAAGGCUAUUUCGAUCAUUCAGAAAUGAAGAUGCCAAAAGUUACAAUGGUUCGAACAAAGGAGCAGGCAAAGAUCGUAAUGGAGAAAUUGAUGAAUGCUGACAGGUCAAUUUUGCACGCAGCUGAUACGGAAGUUAUGGAUAUUAGCCUGAAGGAAGUUGGGCCAAUCGGGAAUGGAUAUGUGACUUGUGCUAGUGUCUAUUCUGGUCCUGAUUUUGACUAUGGGCUUGGAGCAGAGCCUGGAAGUACCCUGUGGAUUGAUAACCUUGACGACGCCUGCGGGAUUCUUCAGGAGUUUAAAGAAUGGUUCGAAGACCCGACGAUUUACAAAGUCUUUCAUAACUAUGGUUUUGAUCGGCAUGUUUUAUGGAAUGAGGGAAUUGACUGCCAAGGAUUUGGUGGCGAUACAAUGCACAUGGCAAGAUUGCAAGAUACAUCUCGCGCCAAGGGGCAAGGCGAGGGACAAGGUCUCGGAUAUAGUCUUGAAGCCUUGACAUCGACCAUCCUAGGCAUGCGAAAGCGACCCAUGAAAGAAAUAUUUGGAGUGCCAAGGCUUCGAAAAGAUGGAACUCCAGGUAGCCUAAUUGAUGUACCGGCGAUUGAAGUGUUGCAACGCGAUCCUAGAUUUCGAAAGAAUUUCAUUUUGUACUCCUGCUACGAUGCCGAGGGAACGUGGCGGUUACACCAAGAGCUUGUCAGACGAUUGCAAGAAAUGAGUUGGCUUGCAAAUGGGAAAAACUUGUAUGAUUACUACUGGGAGAAUAUGCGAGAAUUCGGAAAGGUUUUGACGGAUAUGGAGCGACGAGGAAUGAGAGUCGACGCAAAGGAUUACCUCGCUUCCGUUGAAGUUCAAGCCCGUAAAGAUCGAGUAGAACAUUCGCGAAAGUUCCGUGAAUGGGCGGCAACCAAGAUAGGCCCUGAUGGACUAGCAAUGAAUCCUGCAAGUUCAACACAGCUAGGUGCCUUUUUAUUUGGUGGUGCAUUGAACGAAAAAACAGAGGAGCCUACUGAGGUUGAACGAGUGUUCAAAGUGAAGCGUGAAGAAAUCCCCGAAGACGCUUUGGCUGCCUAUGAAAAACGUGAUGAAGACAACAAGGCUGGAAAGAGCCAAGUUGAGGUUGAAUCUGACGAAUUGGAUCAAAUGACGGCGACUCAGCUCAAGGCUCUUUGUAAGGAACAAGGACUCAAGGUUUCUGGUAAGAAAGACGAGUUGAAGGACCGCUUGCGCGUGCAUUUCCUUUCUGGCAAAGUUGAUGAAUCUAAAAUGGAUGAGUUUGAUGAGAUGUCCGAUGAUGAAUUGCGUUUAUCACUUGCUGCUAGAGAUCUCGAAACAGCUGGGAUCAGAGAAGACCUUUUGACGCGAUUGAGAGAAGACAUCAUGUUCGUUCAGGAAUUGGAGACCGUUAUUCCUCCUGAUGCGGCCAAUGGUUAUAGAACCAUCAGUGAAGCCCUUGCGGCUGCGGCCAAAGACGGAGGCACAGUUGGAGAUAUUCUCGCAGCUAUCGAUGAGAAAAAUUCUGCAGGACCAAAGGCUCUCGAUGUCAAAAUAACAAGUCUUCGUAUGCAACCUGAGAAAUACACCGCUGGUGGAGCACCGAGUGUUACGGCUGAUGUAUUGAGAAAGCUGGCGGGAGAUCCAUUUGAAGAUCCUCCUCGGUAUGGUACUGCAUACGACUUUUUUGGUGGGGGGAAAGAAGGACACGAAGCAUGCGAAGCUCUGUUCAGCCUCUGCGCAAUUGGAUCCAUCGAUACUAUGAUCGCAAACUUUUUGACAAGUCUUCAAUCUCUGGCCGAUCACGAUAGUCGAGUGCACUGUUCGUUGAACCUCAACACAGAAACUGGACGCCUAUCGUCUCGUAGACCAAACCUACAGAACCAGCCGGCACUUGAAAAAGACAAGUACAAAAUCCGACAAGCUUUCCAAUCCUCAGCGGGGAAUGGUUUGAUUGUUGCUGAUUAUGGACAAUUAGAACUACGCUUGCUUGCUUCCAUGACCCGGUGCAAGUCGAUGAUUGAUGCCUUCGAAUCUGGUGGGGACUUUCACUCUAGAACGGCAUUGGACAUGUUCGACUAUGUUCGAGAAAAGGUGGAUGCCGGAGAAGUACUUUUGGAAUGGGACUAUUCCAAAGGGAGCCCACCAAAACCUCUUCUGAAAGAUGAGUAUGCCUCUGAAAGAAGGAAGGCGAAGACUCUUAAUUUCUCAAUUGCCUACGGAAAAACCUCGCAUGGUUUAAGUCAGGACUGGGGAGUAAGCACAACCGAGGCUCAGGAGAUGCUGGACAAGUGGUAUGAUGCUCGACCUGAAGUUCGGAAUUGGCAGAAGAAUACGAAGGCAUACGCGAGAAAGUUUGGAAUCACACGCACGCUAAUGGGUAGAUAUAGGCAACUGCCCGAGGCAACCGGAAGAAAUCGUCGGUUUGUAGGUCAUGCUGAGAGGGCCAGCAUCAACACCCCAAUCCAGGGUGGUGCUGCCGAUGUUGCAAUGAUGGCCAUGAACAAAAUCAACAACAGUGAAAUCCUUCGAAGACUUGGAUGGAUUCUUUUGAUGCAAAUUCAUGACGAAGUCAUCCUUGAAGGUCCUGAAGAAACGGCUGAAGAAGCAUUCAAGGAAGUUAUACAGUGCAUGGAGGCUCCAUGGGUGCCUGGUUUGGAAAAAACGGCAGUGCCUUUGUUAGUAGACGGUAGCUACACGCAUAAAAACUGGUAUGAGGCCAAGUAA